AAAGUUAGCAGCCGGUUGCAGCGCAUCUUCUUGCUGGGGCCAUUUCCUUCCUCCUCAACUCCUGGGAGGUGAACCCCGCGGAAAAGCUCACCCAGAGGGUGGGUUGCAGCACUGGCUUUGCAGCUGCGGAGAAACGCCGGAGGCCGUGCAUCUCCAGGAGGUUCCCGAGUUUCCGUAAGAGGAUAGUCUUAAAACAAAAGAAGAGAAAGAAGCGGUUUAAUCUCUGGAGGUGCUGUCUCCUCGCUGACUGCUGCAAGUGCCUGGGAUUGCUUUAGGACCGCAGAGAUCAAAUGAAGUUCAAGUGCGUUCCCUAGAGUGGCAGGGCCCUGCACUGCCUUGAGCAAAGAGUCCCUGCUGUUGGUUUCAUGCUGCAGCAGGGGCCAUGGCUGCCUCCAGGACGGCCUCUCGGGCUCCUCGGGACAUUGCCAACGUGAUGCAAAGGCUGCAAGAUGAGCAAGAGAUUGUACAAAAACGCACUUUCACCAAAUGGAUCAACUCUCAUCUGGCCAAGCGGAAACCCCCAAUGGUGGUAGAAAACCUUUUUGAAGACAUGAAGGAUGGUGUUAAGUUGCUUGCUCUCCUGGAGGUCCUGUCUGGGCAGAAACUGCCCUGUGAACAAGGACGCCGUAUGAAGCGGAUCCAUGCUGUGGCUAACAUCGGCACUGCCCUCAAUUUCCUCGAAGGCAGGAAGUCCAUGUACAGAGGAUCACCGAUUAAAUUAGUCAACAUUAACGCCACUGAUAUUGCUGAUGGCCGACCCUCAAUAGUUCUUGGACUGGUGUGGACCAUUAUCCUCUAUUUUCAGAUCGAGGAGCUGACCAGCAACCUGCCGCAGCUGCAGUCCCUGUCCAGCAGCACGUCUUCGCUGGACAGCAUGGCCAGCUCGGAGACGGCCAGCCCCCCCAGCAAACGGAAGGUGGCCACCAAGGUCCAAGGAAAUGCUAAGAAGGCUUUGUUGAAGUGGGUUCAGUACACAGCAGCCAAGCAGACCGGUAUAGAAGUAAAGGACUUCGGGCGGAGCUGGAGAAACGGGAUCGCCUUUCAUUCGGUCAUCCACGCUAUUCGCCCAGAGCUAGUGGACUUGGAGAGGUUGAAAGGAAGAUCUAACCGGGAGAACCUGGAGGAGGCUUUCACGAUCGCCGAAACGGAACUGGGGAUCCCCAGGUUACUAGAUCCUGAAGAUGUGGAUGUAGAUAAGCCAGAUGAGAAGUCGAUCAUGACCUAUGUCGCCCAGUUCCUGAAACAAUACCCCGACAUCCACGACACCGGCCCUGACGGGCUAGAGACUGAUGAAAUAUUUCCAGGUUUCCCAUCUUUUGCAAAUUUUAUCCACAAUCUUAAGAGAGAAGACAAGCUAAUUCUGAAGGAGAUGAAGGUUUGGAUAGAACAGUUUGAAAGGGAUUUGACAAGGGCCCAGAUGACAGAAUCAAAUUUGCAGGAUAAAUAUCAGUCAUUUAAGCACUUCAGAGUUCAAUAUGAGAUAAAAAGGAAACAGAUUGAACACUUAAUACAACCAUUACAGAAAGAUGGUAAAUUGUCACUUGACCAAGCAUUGAUAAAACAGUCCUGGGAUAGAGUGUCCUCCAGGCUCUUUGAUUGGCACAUACAGCUUGAUAAAUCUCUCCCUGCCCCUCUGGGCACUAUAGGUGCCUGGUUGUACAGGGCAGAGGUGGCUCUGAGGGAGGAAAUAACCAUUCAGCAGGUCCAUGAGGAAACAGCCAACACAAUACAACGGAAACUUGAGCAACACAAGGAUCUGCUUCAAAACACAGAUGCCCACAAAAGAGCCUUCCAUGAAAUCUACCGGACCAGGUCUGUCAACGGGAUUCCAGUGCCCCCCGACCAGCUGGAAGACAUGGCUGAGAGGUUUCAUUUUGUUUCUUCCACGUCAGAACUGCAUUUAAUGAAAAUGGAAUUUCUAGAGUUAAAGUACCGUCUGCUCUCACUGCUGGUCCUCGCGGAGUCAAAGCUGAAGUCUUGGAUCAUCAAGUACGGGAGGAGGGAGACAGUGGAGCUGCUUCUGAAAAACUACAUUUCUUUCAUAGAGAACAGCAAGUUCUUCGAACAAUACGAAGUGACGUACCAGAUCUUGAAACAGACCGCCGAGAUGUACGUCAAAGCUGAUGGGUCAGUGGAGGAAGCCGAGAACGUGAUGAAAUUCAUGAAUGAAACCACUGCCCAGUGGAGGAACCUCUCGGUGGAAGUCAGGAGCGUGCGGAGCAUGCUGGAGGAAGUAAUCGCUAACUGGGACCGCUAUGGCGGCACUGUGGCUAGUCUGCAGGCCUGGCUAGAGGAUGCUGAAAAAAUGCUAAAUCAAUCCGAACACGCCAAAAAGGAUUUUUUUCGGAAUUUGCCUCAUUGGAUUCAGCAACACACUGCCAUGAACGAUGCCGGCAAUUUUCUGAUCGAAACGUGUGAUGAGGUGGUUUCCCGCGACCUUAAACAGCAGUUACUAUUGCUAAAUGGGCGGUGGAGGGAGUUGUUUAUGGAAGUCAAGCAAUACGCUCGAGCUGACGAGGUGGACAGGAUGAAGAAGGAGUACACAGACUCUGUCACCACCCUGUCGGACUUUGCCGCCGAAGCCCUCAGGAAACUUUCCGAACCCGUCGAAGUCUCCUUUAUGAAUGUCAAGCUACUAAUCCAAGACCUGGAGGAUAUGGAGCAGAGGAUACCUGUGAUGGAUGCUCAGUACAAGAUCAUCACAAAGACAGCGCACCUCAUCACUAAAGAGAGCUCCCAGGAAGAAGCUAAUGAAAUGUUUGCAACCAUGUCUGGGCUCAAGGAGCAGCUAACCAAGGUCAAAGAACGUUACUCCCCACUCCUUUAUGAGUCUCAACAGCUGUUAGUGCCUCUGGAGGAGUUAGAAAAGCAGAUGACGUUCUUUUAUGACUCACUUGGGAAAAUCAAUGAAAUUAUAACUGUUCUGGAGCGCGAGGCACAAUCUAGUGCUGUUUUUAAACAAAAACAUCAGGAACUGUUAGCCUGUCAAGAAAGCUGUAAGAAAACCAUGGCGCAAAUUGAGAAAGGCAGUCAAAGUAUUCAGAAGUUUGUGGCCUUGAGUGGUGUGUUGAAGCACUUUGAUCAGACGAAGCUGCAGAGGCAGGUUGCAGAUGCCCACGUUGCUUUCCAGAACAUGGUCAAGAAAACUGGGGACUGGAGGAAGCACGUGGAAACCAACAGUCGCUUGAUGAAGAAAUUUGAGGAGUCUCGCGCAGAGCUGGAGAAGGUGCUCCGGAUGGCGCAGGAGGGCCUAGAGGAGAAGGGGAACCCAGAAGACCUCCUGAAGAAACACACGGAGUUUUACAGCCAGCUGGACCAGAGGGUGCUCAACGCUUUCCUGAAAGCCUGCGACGAGCUCACCGACAUCCUGCCCGAGCAGGAGCAGCAGGGCCUGCAGGAGGCUGUGAGGAAGCUCCACAAGCAGUGGAAGGAUCUUCAAGGAGAAGUCCCAUAUCAUUUGCUUCGUCUGAAGAUCGACGUGGAGAAGAACAGAUUCUUGGCCUGUGUAGAAGAAUGCAGAGCUGAGCUGGCCCGGGAGACCAAGCUGGUGCCCCAGGAAGGCAGUGAGAAGAUCAUUAAAGAGCACAGGAUUUUCUUCAGUGACAAGGGUCCUCAUCAUCUCUGCGAGAAAAGGUUGCAGCUCAUCGAAGAGCUGUGUGUGAAGCUCCCAGUCCGUGACGCAGUCAGGAACACGCCUGAAGCCUGUCACGUGACUCUCCGGGAGCUCCGAGUGGCGGUGGACAGCACCUAUGCGAAGCUGGUGGAAGACACAGACAAGUGGAAGGACUACACCAGCAGACUUUCUGAGCUCUCAUCUUGGGUCGCUGCGAAGGAAGCACAGUUGAAGGGGAUUAGGAAUGAGACCAUCGACGCUGCCAACCACGGAGAUGUUAAGCGGGCUGUAGAGGAGAUAAGAAACAGCGUUACCCAAAAAGGCGAGACUCUCAGCUGGCUGAAGUCCAGACUUAAAGAUUUGACUGAAGUUUCCUCUGAGAAAGAAGCCCAGAAGCAGGGAGAUGAGCUGGCCAAACUGUCUAGUUCCUUCAAGGCUUUCGGAAGUUUGUUGUCAGAGGUCGAAAAGAUGUUAAGCAGUUUUGGGGACUGUGUCCAGUACAAAGAAAUAGUCCAGAGUUCCCUUGAAGAGCUAAUGUCUGGUUCUAAAGAAGUCCAGGAGGAAGCUGAGAAGAUCUUGGACACGGAAAACCUGUUUGAAGCGCAGCAGUUACUUCUUCAUCACCAGCAAAAGACAAAGAGGAUCUGUGCAAAGAAGAGGGACGUGCAGCAGCAGAUGACACAGGCUCAGCAGGGAGAAGGCGGGCUGCCCGGCCAGGUCCAGGAGGAGCUGCAGAAGCUGGAGAGCACCCUGGAUGGCCUGGAGCGCAGCAGGGAGAAGCAGGAACGCCGCAUCCAGGUCACAUUAAGAAAAUGGGAGCGAUUUGAAACCAACAAAGAGACAGUGGUCAGAUACCUUUUUCAAACAGGUUCCAACCAUGAGCGCUUCCUGAGUUUUAGCAGCUUGGAAAGUUUAUCUUCAGAAUUGGAACAGACAAAGGAGUUCUCUAAACGAACUGAAGGUAUCGCCGUUCAGGCUGAGAAUCUUGUGAAGGAAGCUUCGGAGAUACCGCUCGGGCCCAAGAAUAAGCAGCGGCUCCAGCAGCAGGCCAAGUCCAUCAAAGAGCAAGUCCAAAAAUUAGAAGACACCCUUGAAGAAGAUAUUAAAACCAUGGAAAUGGUGAAAAACAAGUGGGAUCAUUUUGGCAAUAAUUUUGAGACCCUGUCCAUCUGGAUAACUGAGAAAGAAAAAGAACUCAAAGCCUUGGAAACUUCGUCAUCUGCCAUGGACAUGCAAAUCAACCAAAUUAAGGUCACAAUUCAGGAGAUAGAAAGUAAGAUCAGCAGCGUUACAGAACUAGAAGAAGAAGCUCAGUCUUUUGCUCAGUUUAUUACCGCGGGAGAAUCGGCUCGAAUCAAAGCCAAGUUGACACAAAUAAGAAGAUACUGGGAAGAACUUCGAGAGCAUGCGCAGAGUCUGGAAGGAAUUAUCCUGGGACAUUUAUCUCAGCAGCAAAAGUUUGAAGAGCAUCUUAGAAAGAUCCAGCAAUCUGUGUCUGAAUUUGAAGAAAAACUUGCCGAUCCAAUUAAAACAUGUUCUUCAGCUACGGAAUCAUACAAAGCUCUCCAGGAGCAUUUGGAUCUCUGUCAGGCCCUGGAAUCCCUGACCGGCGCAAUGGCCACCCUCUCGGCCAGUGCCCAGAAGGUCACUGACGGAGGCUGCUCGGCUCAGGAGGCCGCGACCCUGCAGCAGAGGUACGAGGGGCUGCUGAGCCGGGCUAAGGAGAGGCAGACGGUGCUGGAGAGCCUGCGCGCCCACUGGCAGAGGCUAGAGAAAGAACUGUCCACCUUUUUGACCUGGCUAGAGCGGUGCGAAGCGAUAGCCAGUUCCCCAGAAACGGACAUGUCUGCCGACAGAGCCAAAGUGGAGAGUGAACUUCAGCUAAUACAGGCGCUGCAAAGUGAAGUUGUAUCCCAAGCUUCCGUCUACAGCAACCUCAUGCACCUGAAGGAGGCGCUGUUCUCCGUGGCCUCCAAAGACGACGUGGACAUGAUCAGGCUGCACCUGGAGCAGCUGGAUGAGCGAUGGAGAGUUUUGCCAGAGAUGAUUAGCAAAAGGACUCAUUUUCUUCAGUCUGUGGUAGCCGAACACCAACAAUUUGAUGAAUUGCUACUUUCCUUUUCGGUCUGGAUUAAGCUGUUUCUCAGUGAAUUACAGACCACUUCUGAGAUAAGCAUCAUGGACCACCAAGCAGCUCUUAUUCGGCACAAGGACCACGCAGCAGAAGUAGAAAGCAAAAGGGGGCAGCUGCACAGUCUGCAGGAGCACCUCGCCAAGCUGGCUGCGCUGAGUCGAGCCGAAGACCUUCACCUCCUGCAGAGCAGAGCAGAGGACUGUGCCCAGCUGUUUGACGAGGCCUGCCAGGUGGUGGCGAGGCGGCAGCUGGCCCUGUCCCAGCUGGCCGAAUUCUUGCAGAGCCACACCUCUCUGUCAGAAGCUCUCCACCGGCUGAGGCAACGGGUGGAGGCAACCAACAGUAUAAACAAGAAACAGACUGAUUUAUUAGAAAAAGACUUAAAUGCUGCGAUUCAAGAUGUGAAAUCAUUAGAAUCAACUGCCAUCAGUCUCGAUGGCAUUCUUACCAAAGCCCAAUACCAUCUGAGGUGUAGAAGUUCUGAGCAAAGAACUUCCUGCAGAGCUACAGCUGAUCACCUCUGCUGUGAACUGGAGACGAUCCAGAACCUUCUGGGAACCAAGCAGAGUGAGGCAGACGCCCUGGCGGCCUUGAAAAAGGCAUUCCAUGACCAGAAGGAGGAGUUGCUGAGAAGCAUUGAGGACAUAGAAGACAGAGCAGACAAAGAGCGUUUGAAAGAACCUACUCGCCAAGCGCUUCAGCAGAGGUUGAGAGUCUUCAAUCAGUUAGAAGAUGAACUGAAUGCUCAUGAGCAUGAACUCUGUUGGUUGAAGGACAAAGCUCAGCAAAUCAGUCAGAAAGAUGUAGCCUUUGCACCAGAAGUCGAGAGGGAGAUAAAUCGCUUGGAGGUCACCUGGGAUGACACCAAAAAACUAAUUCAUGAAAACCAGGGUCAAUGCUGUGGGCUUAUUGGCUUAAUGAGAGAAUAUCAGAACCUGAAGUCAGCUGUAUCUAAAGUUCUAGAAAAUGCCAGCAAUGUGAUCGUAACCAGAACUACUAUCAAAGAUGAGGAGGAUCUUAAGUGGGCUUUCUCCAAGCAUGAAACUGCCAGGAACGAAAUACAUAACAAGCAGAAAGAGUUGGAUAACUUUACCAGUAAAGGAAAGCAGUUGUUAUCCGAGCUGAAGAAAAUUCACAGCAGUGAUUACACGUUGGUGAAAACCGACAUGGAGAGCACCGUGGACAGAUGGCUGGACAUGUUGGAGAGAAUUGAGGAAACCGCUGAUAGGCUGAGGGUAAGCCUGUCCCUUUGGGAGGAUGUUCUCUCGAGUAAGGACGAGAUCGAAGCGUGGUCCAACACCUGUGUUCCACGUCUUGCCGACAGCAUCAGCAACCUGGACGACAGCCUCAGGACAGAGGAGCUCCUGAAAGAACUUGAGUCUGAAGUUAAGAACAAAGCAUUGAAAUUGGAAGAACUUCAUUCUAAAGUUAGUGAUCUAAAAGAAUUAACUAAAAAUCCGGAAACACCACCAGACCUUCAGUUUAUAGAAGCAGACCUCAGGCAGAAACUGGAGCAUGCCAAAGAAAUCAGUGAUGAAGCCAAAGGAACCUUGAAAGAUUUCAGGGCCCAGAGUACACAAGUGGAGAAAUUCAUUAACGACGGAACAACCUGGCUGACAAAACUAGAGGACUCCCUGGUGAACUGUGCCCAGACGGGGACGUGUGAAGGGCUGAAAAAAGUGAAGGACAUACAAAAAGAACUUCAAAGUCAACAAAGCAACAUCAGCUCCACCCAAGAAAACCUCAAUAGCUUGUGCCGCAAGUACCACUCAGCCGAGCUGGAGCGCCUGGGCGGCGCGAUGACCGGGCUGACUAAGAAACACGAAGCCGUCAGCCAGUUGUGCUCCAGAACACAGGCCAGCCUGCAGGACUCGCUGGAGAAACACUUCCAUGAGUCCAUGCAGGAAUUCCAAGAAUGGUUUUCUGGGAUAAAAGCAGCAGCAAAAGAAUCAUCGGAUAGAACUGGUGACAGCAAAGUCCUGGAGGCAAAGCUCCAUGACCUUCAGAACAUUUUGGACUCAGUCGGUGAUGGGCAGAGCAAGCUCGAUGCUGUGACUCAAGAAGGACAAGUUUUGUAUGCACAUUUGUCUAAGCAAAUUGUCAGUACCAUUCAGGAAGAGAUUACAAAGGCUAACGAAGAGUUUCAAGCAUUUCUGAAACAAUGCCUCAAAGACAAACAGGCCCUUCAAGACUGUGCUUUAGAACUUGAGAGCUUUGAGGAUCAGCACAGAAAACUGAACUUAUGGAUCCAUGAAAUGGAUGAAAAGUUAAGCUCAGAAAGCUCAGGAGAGAGUAAACAGCACAUUUCUGAGAAGAAAAACGAAGUCCAUAGACUUGAAAUGUUUCUGGGCGAGCUACUGGCUGCCAGAGAGUCUCUGGAUAAGCUCUCCGAGAGAGGGCAGCUUCUCGGUGAGGAAGGCCACGGGGCCGGGCAGGAGGGGCGCCUGUGCUCUCAGCUGCUCACCAGCUACCAGAACUUAGUCAGGAUGACCAAAGAGAAGCUCCGGAGCCUGCAGGUGGCCCUGCAGGAGCACGAAGCCCUGGAGGAUGCGCUGCAGAGCACGUGGGCCUGGGUGAAGGACGCGCAGAACAAGCUGGCCCUGGCCGACAGCACCGUCGGAAGCAAAGACAGCGUGGAAAAGCGGCUGUUACAGAUACAGGACAUUCUCCUGAUGAAAGGAGAAGGGGAAGUUAAGUUGAAUAUGGCCAUUGGCAAAGGGGAACAGGCCUUGAGAAGCAGCAACAAAGAAGGCCAGAAGGAGAUUCAGACUCAGCUGCAGACCCUUACGGAUGCGUGGGCCAACGUCAUGAGCUCCUCCAUCCGUGCUCAGAGUACUUUAGAGUCUGUGAUUAGCCAGUGGAAUGACUACCUGGAGUGGAAAAUCCAGUUGGAGCAGUGGAUGGAAUCAGUAGAUCAGAAAGUGGAACAUCCCUUGACGCCGCAGCCAGGUCUGAAAGAGAAGUUUUCCCUUCUGGACCACUUUCAGUCCAUCGUCUCUGAAGGGGAGGACCGCACCGCAGCCCUGCACCGCCUGUCCUCCCAAUCCAGGGAGCUCUACCAGAAGACGGAGGACGAGUCUUUCCAGGACACAGCUCAGGAGGAACUGAAAUCACAGUUUAAUGAUAUCAUGACCGUUGCCAAGGAGAAAAUGAGGAGAGUGGAAGAGAUUGUGAAGGACCAUCUAAUGUAUUUGGAUGCAGUGCAAGAAUUUACAGACUGGCUCCAUUCGGCAAAGGAAGAACUUAAUCGGUGGUCAGAUAUGUCUGGAGAUUCAUCAGCCACCCAGAAAAAGUUGUCUAAAAUUAAGGAGCUGAUGGAUUCCAGAGAGACCGGGGCAAGCCGCCUGAGCAGAGUGGAGACACUGGCUCCCGCAGUGAAACAGAAUACAACGGCCGGUGGGGGCGAGCUCAUGGACUCAGAGAUGCAGGCCCUCCGCGCCGACUGGAAGCAGUGGGAAGACGGCGUGCUGCACACACAGACCAGCCUGGAGAGCCUGGUGAGCCAAAUGGCCCUUUCGGAGCAGGAGUUCUCGGGCCAAGUGGCCGAACUGGAGCAGGCCCUGGAGCAGUUCAGUGUGCUUCUGACAUCGUGGGCUCAGCAGCUAGCCGCCCUGGAGGGCAAGAACACGGACAAGGAGAUAGUGCAGUGCUGGAAGAAAGGACAAGAGAUACUGGACGCUCUACACAAAGCAGAGCCUAAGACAGAGGAGCUCAAGUCUCAGCUGAAUGAACUUUGUCGAUUUUCCAGAGACCUGAGUACAUACAGUGGAAAAGUUUCUGCCUUGAUUAAAGAAUAUAACUGUCUUUGUCUGCAAGCAUCCAAGGGCUGUCAGAACAAAGAACAGAUUUUACAGCAAAGAUUCCGAAGAGCCUUCAAGGAUUUCCAGCAGUGGCUGGUUAAUGCGAAAAUCACCACCGCCAAGUGUUUUGAUAUACCUCAAAAUAUGAAUGAAGUUUCAACAAGUCUUCAGAAAAUACAGGAGUUUUCGUCGGAGAGUGAAAACGGCCAGCACAAGCUAAACGUGAUGCUCUCCAAAGGGGAACUUCUGACUGCUCUGUUGACCAAAGAGAAAGCCAAUGGUAUCCAGGCCAAAAUGGCAAAUUCAAAAGAAGAUUGGAAAAAGUUUCAUUCAAAUCUUCACCAAAAGGAAUCUGCCCUGGAGAAUCUCAAGAUCCAGAUGAAGGACUUCGAAGUGAGUGCUGAGCCUGUCCAGGACUGGCUGAGCAAAACGGAGAAGGCAGUGCGUGAGAGCAGCACCCGCCUGUACGACCUGCCAGCAAAGAGGAGAGAACAGCAGAAGCUGCAGUCUGUCCUUGAGGAAAUAAACUGCUACCAGCCUCAGCUCCACAGGCUAAAAGAGAAAGCUCAGCAGCUGUGGGAAGGACAAGCUGCCAGCAGGAGCUUUGUGCACAGAGUGUCGCAGCUGUCUGCUCAGUAUCUAGCGCUAAGCAAUCUAACAAAGGAGAAAGUGUCCAGACUGGACAGAAUCGUGGCCGAGCACAGCCAGUUCUCCCUCGGGGUGAAAGAGCUGCAAGACUGGAUGACAGACGCCGUUCACAUGCUGGACUCCUACUGCCACCCCACGUCCGACAAAAGUGUGCUGGACAGCAGGAUGCUCAAGCUGGAGGCCCUGUUAUCAGUGAAACAGGAAAAAGAGAUCCAGAUGAAAAUGAUCGUGACCAGGGGGGAGUCUGUCCUGCAGAGCACCUCUCCAGAAGGCGUCCCUGCCCUUCAGCAGCAGCUGCAGAGUGUGAAGGACAUGUGGGCUUCCCUUCUGUCUGCAGGGAUCCGUUGCAAAAGUCAGCUGGAGGGAGCGCUGUCCAAGUGGACGAACUAUCAGGACGACGUGCGGCAGUUCUCCGGCUGGAUGGACGGUGUGGAGGCCAGCCUGAGUGAAUCAGAAAGGCAGCACGCGGAGCUGCGGGACAAAGCGGCCGCUCUGGGGAAGGCCAAGUUAUUAAAUGAAGAAGUGCUGAGUCACAGCAGCUUGCUGGAAACCAUCGAACUCAAGGGGGCUGCCAUGACGGAACACUACGUCACGCAGUUAGAGUUCCAGGAGCUACAGGAGCGGUACAGAGGCAUCCAGGAGAGGGCCAAGGAUGUGGUAAUGAAGUCUGAAAAACUGGUUCGCCUGCACCAAGAGUACCAGCGAGACCUCGGGGCAUUUGAAGUGUGGCUGGGGCAAGAACGAGAAAAGCUGGAGCGAUACUCAGUCCUUGAAGGUGAUACCCACACUCACGAAACAGCACUGCGGGGUCUUCAGGAGCUGCAGGUUCACUGCGCCGAGGGGCAGGCGCUGUUGAAUUCUGUGCUGCACGCCAGGGAGGAGGUGAUACCAUCGGGCAUCCCCCAGACGGAGGAUCGGGCUUUGGAGUCUCUCCGGCAGGACUGGCAGGCGUACCAGCAGAGACUGUCUGAGACCCGAGCUCAGUUCAAUAACAUCGUCAACAAACUCAGGCUGAUGGAACAAAAGUUUCAGCAAGUGGACGAAUGGCUGAAAACGCUGGAGGAGAAAGUGAGUCUCAGGGCUGGACGUCGGUCCAGCCGGGCAGCCAAGGAGACACAGUUACAUCAGAUGAAGAAGUGGCAGGAAGAGAUCACCUCUUGCAGGGACGAAGUGGAGGAGGUGGGAGCCAGAGCGCAGGAGAUCCUGGACGAGCGCCACGUGAGCAGCCGCCUGGGCUGCCAGGCCACGCAGCUGACCUCCAGAUACCAGGCCCUGCUCCUCCAAGUGCUGGAACAAAUAAAAUUCCUGGAGGAAGAGAUCCAGAGUUUGGAGGAGGCCGAAUUAUCCCUAAGUUGCUAUUCUGAUUGGUACAGCUCUACUCAUAAAAACUUCAAGAAUGUGGCUGCCAAAAUCGAUAAAGUAGAUAAAGCAAUGAUGGGGAAAAAAAUGAAGACGUUGGAGGGUUUGCUAAAAGACAUGGAGAAAGGCCACAGUCUGCUGAAAUCGGCCCGAGAGAAAGGAGAGAGGGCUCUGGAAUUCUUGGAGGACGGCGAGGCAGACUCUUUAAGAAACGAGAUUCACGGUCACGUGGAGCAGCUGAAGGAGCUGACCAGCACUGUUCGGAAAGAGCACGUGACUCUGGAAAAGGGCCUUCAUUUAGCAAAGGAGUUCUCGGAUAAAUACAAAGCACUCACUCAGUGGAUCACAGAAUACCAAGAAAUCCUACAUGUUCCUGAAGAGCCCAAAAUGGAACUAUAUGAGAAAAAAGCUCAAUUAUCUAAAUACAAGUCGCUUCAACAAACAGUGCUGUCCCAUGAACCAUCAGUGAAAUCCGUGAGAGAGAAAGGUGAGGCUCUUCUGGAACUGGUGCAGGACGGUACUUUGAAGGACAAAAUAGGUCAGCUUCAGAGUGAUUACCAGGACCUCUGCCGUGCGGGGAAGGAGCACGUUCACAGCCUGGAGGUGAAGGUCAGAGACCACGAAGAUUACAACAGUGAGCUCCAGGAAGUGGAAAAGUGGCUGCUGCAGAUGUCAGGCAGGCUGGUGGCACCCGACCUCGUGGAGACCAGCAGCCUGGAGACAAUCACCCAGCAACUGGCGCACCACAAGGCAACGAUGGAAGAAAUUGCUGGCUUUGAAGACCGUUUGAACAACCUUAAAAUCAAAGGCGACAACUUGAUCAGCCAGUGUGCAGAACACCUCCAGGCGAAGCUUAAACAGAACGUGCACGCCCACCUGCAGGGCACGAAGGACAGCUACUCGGCGAUCUGCAGCACAGCCCAGAGGGUGUACCAGAGUCUGGAACAUGAACUGCAGAAGCACGUUAGCCGCCAAGACACCCUACAGCAGUGCCAGGCCUGGCUCUCUGCAGUCCAGCUGGACUUAAAGCCAAGCCCACACCCGCCUCCAAGCAGGGCAGAAGCCGUGAAGCAGGUCAAGCACUUCAGAGCUUUGCAGAAGCAGGCCAGGACCUACUUAGACCUCCUGUGCUCCAUGUGCGACCUGUCAAACGCUUCUGUGAAAACCACGGCAAAAGAUAUUCAACAAACAGAGGAAAUGAUUGAAGAAAGGCUCAUCCAGGCACAGAACUUAACUCAGGGCUGGGAAGAGGUCAAGCACAUGAAGGCUGAGCUGUGGAUUUACCUCCAGGACGCCGACCAGCAGCUGCAGAACAUGAAGCGGAGGCACGCAGAACUGGAGCUCAAUAUUGCCCAGAACAUGGUUUCCCAAGUAAAGGAUUUUGUUAAGAAACUGCAGGACAAACAGGCAGCAGUGGCCGCUAUCACGGAAAAGGUGGACGCGUUAACCAACAAGCGGGAGUCCCCUGAACACAAGGAGAUCAGCCAUUUAAAUGACCAGUGGCUAGACCUGUGCCGCCAGUCUGCCCAUCUGUGUCUGCAAAGGGAGGAGGACCUUCAGAGGACAAGAGAGUACCACAACCGCAUGAAUGCCGUGGAGGUGUUCUUGGAAAAAUUUACUGCCGAGUGGGACAACCUAGCCAGAUCCGACGCGGAGAGCACAGCUGUCCACCUGGAAGCGCUGAAAAAGCUCGCCCUGGCCUUGCAGGAGAGGAAGCAGGCUAUCGAAGACCUGAAGGAGAAGAAGCAGAAAAUGACGGAGCAUCUGAACUUAGACGACAGGGAGUUAGUGAAAGAACAGACAAGCCACCUCGAGCAACGCUGGUUCCAGCUGGAGGACCUUGUGCAAAGGAAAAUCCAAGUGUCAGUCGCCAACUUGGAGGAACUGAAUGUGGUGCAGGCCAAGUUCCGGGAGCUGAUGGCGUGGGCAGAGGAGCAGCAGCCCAACAUCGCCGAGGCCCUCAAGCAGAGCCCCCCGCCCGACAUGGCUCCCAACCUCCUCAUGGAUCACCUCGCCAUCUGCAGCGAACUGGAGGCCAAACAGGUGCUCCUGAAAUCGCUCACGAAGGACGCCGACAGGGUGAUGGCGGAUCUCGGCCUGAACGAGCGGCAGGUGAUCCAGAAGGCGCUCUCCGAUGCACAGAGGCACGUGAACUGUCUCAGCGACUUAGUGGGCCAGAGACGAAAGUACCUGAAUAAGACCUUGUCUGAGAAAACCCAGUUUCUCAUGGCUGUGUUCCAGGCAACCAGCCAAAUUCAGCAGCAUGAGCGCAAGAUAAUGUUCCGUGAGCACAUCUGCCUGUUGCCGGAGGAUGUGAGCAAACAGGUGAAAACAUGCAAGAGCGCUCAAGCCAGCCUCAGGACUUACCAGAACGAAGUCACUGGCCUUUGGGCCCAGGGCCGUGAAUUAGUGAAAGGGGCCACGGAGCAGGAGAAGGGGGAACUGCUGGGUAAGCUUCAGGAACUGCAGAGCGUCUACGACACCGUCUUACAAAAGUGCAGCCACAGGCUGCAAGAACUGGAGAAGAGUUUGGUUUCUAGGAAGCAUUUUAAGGAAGAUUUUGAUAAAGCUUGCCACUGGCUAAAGCAAGCAGAUAUCGUUACGUUUCCUGAAAUCAACCUAAUGAAUGAGAAUGCAGAGCUCCACACGCAACUGGCCAAAUACCAGCACAUUCUUGAGCAGUCUCCAGAAUAUGAAAAUCUCCUGCUGACGUUGCAGAGAACCGGGCAGGCCAUGUUGCCGUCGCUGAAUGAAGUCGACCAUUCCUACCUCAGUGAAAAGCUGAAUGCUCUGCCCCUGCAAUUUAAUGUCAUUGUCACCUUGGCUAAAGACAAGUUCUAUAAGGUCCAAGAAGCGAUUCUCGCUCGGAAAGAAUAUGCUUCCUUGAUCGAGUUGACCACCCGGUCUCUGAGUGAACUCGAAGAGCAGUUCUUAAAGAUGAGCCAGGUGCCCGCGGACCUGGCCGUGGAAGAAGCUGUGUGUCUUCGGGAUGCGUGCAGAGCUCUUCUGGAAGAAGUGGCAGGCCUCGGGGGAGCAGUGGACGAGCUGAACCAGAAGAAAGAAAGUUUUCGCAGCACGGGGCAGCCUUGGCAGCCAGACAGGAUGCUGCAGCUUGUCACCCUGUACCACCGGCUGAAGCGACAGACAGAGCAAAGGGUUGGCUUGCUCGAAGACACCAGCAGCGCCUAUCACGAGCACGAGAAGAUGUGCCACCAGCUGCAGAAACAGCUCGAGGCAGCGAAAGCAGAGCAGUGCAAAGUGAAUGAGGAGACGCUUCCCGCAGAGGAGAAGCUCAAACUGUACCACUCGCUGGCGGGAAGCCUUCAGGACUCGGGAGCCCUGCUGAAACAGGUGGCCAUGCAUCUCGAGGACCUAGUUCCACACCUGGAUCCCUCGGCGUAUGAGAAAGCCAAGCAUCAGAUCCAGGCCUGGCAAGAGGAGUUAAAACUGCUGACUUCGGCCAUUGGCACGACGGUGACCGAGUGCGAGAGCCGCAUGGUGCAGAGUAUAGACUUCCAGACGGAGCUGAGCCGCUCUUUGGACUGGCUGAGGAGUGUGAAGGCAGAACUGAGUGGGCCCGUGUGCCUGGACCUGAACCCCCAGGACAUCCAGGAGGAGAUCAGAAAGGUCCAAAUUCAACAGGAAGAGGUACAGUCCAGCCUGCGGAUAAUGAAUGCCCUGGGUAACAAGGAGAAGGAGAAAUUCACGAAAGCCAAGGAGCUGAUUUCCGCUGAUUUGCAGCGCACUCUUGCUGAACUCUCAGAGCUGGAUGGAGACAUUCAGGAAGCUUUAGGCGCCAGACAGGCUACCUUGACUCAAAUAUACAGUCAGUGCCAAAGGUACUACCAAGUGUUUCAAGCUGCCAGCGACUGGCUUGAGGAAGCCCACAAAAUGCUGAAGCUGGCAGGCAAUGGCCUCGACGUGGAGAGUGCAGAGGAAAGUCUCAAGAGCCACACGGAAUUUUUUAGUGCAGAGGAUCAGUUCCAGAACAAUCUGGAGGAGCUCAAAGGCCUGGUAGCCAACCUGGACCCACUCAUCAAGCCAACCGGGAAAGAGAAACUAGCGCAGAAAAUGGCUUUCCUGGAAGAGAAGAGCCAGAGGACGAUCCAGGACGCACACGCCCAGCUAGAGCUCUUGCAGAGAUGUGCAGCUCAGUGGCAGGAUUACCAGAAAGCAAGGGAAGAGGUUAUCGAAUUGAUGAAUGAUGCGGAAAAGAAAUUGUCCGAAUUUUCUUUAUUAAAGACGUCUUCCAGUCACGAAGCAGAAGAAAAAUUGUCAGAAAACAAGGCUUUAGUGGCACUGGUUAACUCUUUCCAUGAGAAAAUCGUGGCCCUGGACGGUAAAGCUUCCCAACUGGAAACAGCUGGAAAUGACGCGAGCAAAGCAACCAUAGGCAGAUCCAUGACGACGGUCUGGCAGCGCUGGGCACGGCUCCGUGCAGUGGCCCAGGACCAGGAGAAGAUACUGGAAGAUGCGGUGGACGAGUGGAAGAAUUUUAACAAUAAGGUUAAAAAAGCCACUGAAAUGAUCCAUCAGCUGCAAGGUAAAUUACCGGGAAGUUCAGCGGAGAAAGCCUCAAAAGCGGAACUCCUAACGCUGCUGGAACUUCACGACACGUUCACGCUGGAGCUGGAGCAGCAGCAGUCGGCCCUGGGCAUGCUGCGGCAGCAAGCGCUGAGCAUGCUCCCGGAUGGGGCCACGCCGUCCCCCGGGGGAGAGCCGCCCGCCAUGCAGGAAAUCACAGCCCUGCAAGAUCAGUGCCUGAACAUGCAGGAGAAAGUGAGGAAUCACGGGAAGGUGGCGAAGCAGGAGCUGAAGGACCGGGAAGCCGUGGAGACUCAGAUCAAUUCUGUGAAAUCUUGGGUUCAGGAAACGAAGGAAUAUUUGGGGAAUCCAACAAUAGAAAUAGAUGCUCAACUUGAAGAACUUCAGAUUCUCCUAACAGAAGCCACCAACCACCGACAGAACAUGGAGAAAGUGGCCGAGGAGCAGAAGAGCAAGUACUUGGGUCUCCAUGCUAUUUUACCUGCGGAGCUCUCCCUCCAGUUAGCUGAGGUGGCCUUGGACCUGGGAACUAUCCAUGACCAGAUCCAGGACAAAGUAAAGCAAGUUGAACAGAGCAAGGCCAUGAGCCAGGAAUUCAGCCAGCAAAUUCAGAAGAUAACUAAAGAGCUCACAACUAUUCUAACUACACUGAGAGCAAAGACAGAUAAUUUAGUUCAAGCAAAAACUGACCAAAAGGCGCUGGGAGAGGAGCUGGAUGCCUGCAGUUUAAAGCUGAUGGAGCUGGAUGAGGCGGUACAGAAGUUCUCGGAACAGAAUGGCCAGCUGGGUAAGCCCCUGGCCAAGAAGAUAGGAAAGCUGACUGAACUGCACCAGCAGACCAGUAGGCAGGCUGAGAACCGGCUCUGCAGGCUCAGCCAGGCAACAUCACAUUUAGAAGAAUACAGUGCAAUGCUUGAACUGAUUCUGAAGUGGAUUGACAAAGCUAGAGUCUUGGUACAUGGAAAGAUUGUGUGGAAUUCUGCCAGGCAACUUCGGGAACAAUACAUUUCCCAUCAGACCAUGCUAGAAGAAUCGGAAGAAAUCCACAACGAUCUGGAAGCAAUGGCCGAGAAGUUACAGUACCUUUCUAGCGUGUACCACACAGAAAAAAUGUGUCACCAAGUGGCAGAACUGGGACGGGAGACCGAGGAAUUGCGGCAGAUGAUCAAAUUUCGUUUGCAGAAUCUCCAAGAUGCUGCCAAGGAUAUGAAAAAAUUUGAAACAGAGCUAAAAAACUUACAAGUUGCUUUGGAGCAAGUCCAGACCACCCUGACUUCUCCGGAAGUCGGGCGUCUUAGUCUCAAAGAGCAACUGUCUCAUCGGCAGCAUCUGCUGUGUGAGGUGGAGUCGCUGAAGCCGAAGGUCCGGGCCGUGCAGACCAGCCAGAGUGCGCUCCGGAUCCCCGAGGACGUCGUCGCCCGCCUGCCGCUCUGCCGCGCGGCGCUCCAGCUGCAGGAGGAGGCUAGCCGGCUGCAGCACAUGGCCAUCCAGCAGUGCAACGUCCUGCAGGAGGCUGUGAUGCAGUAUGAACAAUAUGAACAAGAAAUGCAGCACCUCCAGGAGCUCAUAGAAGGAGCUCACAGAGAGAUUGAGGAUCAGCCGGUGGCCACCAGUAACAUCCAGGAGCUGCAAGCCCAGAUUUCUCGGCACGAGGAGCUGGCUCAGAAAAUCAAGGGCUACCAGGAGCAGAUUGCCUCUCUGAACUCCAAGUGCAAGAUGCUGACAAUGAAAGCCAGGAACGCCACCAUGCUGCUGACGGUGACCGAAGUGGAGGGGCUGCCGGAGGACUUGGACGGGAAGCUCCUCCCAGCCUCUUCUGCCCACCCCUCUGUGGUCAUGAUGACUGCAGGUCGCUGUCACACUUUGCUGUCACCUGUCACUGAAGAGUCUGGGGAGGAGGGAACCAACAGUGAGAUUUCCUCUCCACCUGCCUGUCGUUCCCCUUCACCUGUGGCUAAUACAGAUGCUUCUGUUAACCAGGAUAUUGCUUACUACCAAGCCUUGUCUCCGGAGAGGUUGCAGACAGAUGCCGCAAGGAUUCACCCCAGCACCUUGCCAGCCCAGGAGUCCCGUGAACCAGGACUGGAGCCGUCUGCGACUACUAAGCUGGACGAUCUGCAGCGUUCUUGGGAAACGUUGAAGAAUGUGAUCAGUGAAAAGCAGCGCUCCCUCUAUGAAGCUCUGGAACGCCAGCAGAAGUACCAGGACUCCCUGCAGUCCAUCUCCACGAAAAUGGAGGCCAUCGAGAUGAAGCUCAGCGAGAACCCAGGGCCGGGCAGGAGUCCAGAGAGCCAGAUGGCCGAACAUCAGGCUCUGAUGGAUGAGAUUCUCAUGCUCCAAGACGAAAUCGGCGAGCUGCAGGCGUUUCUCGCAGACGAGCUGGUGUCCCAGUCCCCGGAGUGCGACCCCGUGGAGCAGCUGGCCUUGCAGUCCACGCUUACCGUCUUGGCCGAGCGCAUGUCCACCAUCAAGAUGAAAGCGUCGGGGAAGCGACAGCUCUUGGAGGAGAAGUUAAAUGAUCAGCUGGAGGAACAGAGGCAGGAGCAGGCCCUGCAGAGGUAUCGCUCGGAAGUUGACAAGCUGGACGACUGGCUCCUGAGCACCAAGGCCACCCUGGACGUUGCACUGGGCGCCUCCAAGGAGCCCAUGGACAUGGAGGCCCAGCUGGUGGACUGCCAGAACAUGCUGGUGGAGAUAGAGCGGAAGGUGGUGGCCUUAUCGGAGCUCUCGGCCCACAAUGAAAACCUGCUGCUGGAGGGCAAGGCUCACACGAAGGACGAGGCUGAGCAGCUGGCAGUGAAGCUGAGAACCCUCAAGGGCAGCCUGCUGGAGCUGCAGAGAGCCCUGCAUGACAAGCAGCUCAACAUCCAGCAGGGGACGGCACCGCAGAAGGAGGAGAGCGACGGGGACCCCGCAGCCACCCAGAGGCCCGGCGUCCAGGAAUGGCUGGCCCAAGCUCGCUCCACCUGGGCGCACCAGCGGCAGAGCAGCCUCCAGCAGCAAAAGGAGCUGGAGCAGGAGCUGGCGGAGCAGAAGAGCCUCCUCCGGUCGGUGGCCAGCCGAGGAGAGGAAAUCCUGACCCAGCACUCGGCUGCGGGGACCUCUGGCGCUGCUGGUGAAAAACCUGCUGUGUCAUCCCAGGAGUUGGGGAUGGAAGGGGAGAGGCCCGCUGCCGAAGACCAGAUGAGAGUGAAAUGGGAAAGUCUGCACCAGGAGUUCAGCGCCAAGCAGAAGCUGCUGCAGAGUGCUCUGGAGCAGGAGCAAGAGCAAGUGCUUUACCGAAAGCCAAACCGGCUCCUGUCCGGCGUGCCGCUGUUCAAGGGCGAGGGGCAGACCCAAGACAAGUCUGCGGUGGCGUCUCUGCUGGACGGGCUGAACCAGGCGUUUGAGGAGGUUUCCUCCCAGGGUGGAGGCACAAAGAGGCAGAACGUGCACUUGGAACAGAAGUUAUAUGAUGGAGUCUCCGCGACCUCCACUUGGCUGGAUGACGUGGAAGAACGUCUGUUUGUUGCCACAGCCCUGGUACCAGAAGAAACGGAAGCUUGCCUCUUCAACCAAGAGGCUCUUGCCAAAGAUAUUAAGGAAAUGUCUGAAGAAAUGGAUAAGAACAAGAACUUGUUUUCCCAAGCGUUUCCAGAGGAUGGUGACAACCGCGACGUUAUUGAAGACACCUUGGGGUGCCUUUUGGGGAGGUUAUCCUUGCUGGACUCAGUAGUAAACCAGCGGUGUAAUCAGAUGAAGGAAAGACUUCAGCAAAUACUGAAUUUCCAGAAUGAUCUGAAGGUGCUGUUGACAUCGCUGGCGGACAACAAGUACAUCAUCCUGCAGAAACUGGCCAAUGUGUUGGAACAGCCCAUGGCGGAGCAAAUAGAGGCAAUACAGCAGGCUGAAGACGGGCUAAAGGAGUUGGAUGCAGGGAUCGCUGAAUUAAAAAAGCGCGGAGACAAGUUGCAGGUUGAGCAGCCCUCUCUGCAAGAACUCUCCAAACUGCAGGACAUGUACGAUGAACUGAUGAUGACCAUUGGCGCUCGGCGGAGCGGGCUGAACCAGAAUCUUGCGCUCAAGAGUCAGUACGAGAGGGCCCUGCAAGACCUGGCUGACCUGCUGGAGACGGGCCAAGAGAAGAUGGCCGGCGACCAGAAAAUGAUCGUGUCUUCCAAAGAGGAAAUCCAGCAGCUCCUUGACAAACAUAAGGAAUACUUUCAAGGCCUGGAGUCUCAUAUGAUUUUGACCGAAACGCUCUUCAGGAAGAUAAUCAGCUUCGCAGCGCCCCAGGAAACGCAGGUCCACACGGACGUGAUGGCGCAGGCUUCCGCGGUCCUGAAGCGGGCCCACAAGAGGGGCGUGGAGCUGGAGUACAUUCUAGAGACCUGGUCGCACCUGGAGGAGGACCGGCAGGAGCUCAGCAGGCAGCUGGAGGUGGUGGAGAGCAGCAUCCCCAGCGUGGGGCUGGUGGAAGAGAGUGAGGACAGGCUCGUCGACCGCAUCACGCUCUUCCAGCAUUUGAAAUCCAGCCUUAACGAGUACCAGCCCAAACUGUAUCAGGUGUUAGAUGACGGGAAACGACUUCUGAUGUCCGUUAGCUGCUCAGAUCUGGAAAGCCAGCUAAAUCAGCUUGGAGAACACUGGUUAAAUAACACCAACAAAGUGUCUAAGGAACUCCACAGACUGGAAACAAUACUGAAACACUGGACCAGAUAUCAAAGUGAAUCCGCAGCUCUAACUCACUGGUUACAGUCUGCGAAAGACAGGCUAGAAUUUUGGACUCAGCAAUCUGUGACGGUCCCUCAAGAGCUGGAGACGGUCCGUGAUCAUCUGAAUGCUUUCCUGGAGUUUUCCAAAGAAGUGGAUGCCAAGUCUUCCCUGAAAUCGUCUGUCCUGAGCACUGGAAAUCGGCUCCUCCGGUUAAAGAAAGUGGACACGGCCACCUUGCGCUCCGAGCUGUCGCACAUUGACGGCCAGUGGACCGACCUGCUGACAAACAUUCCAGCCGUUCAGGAAAAGCUCCACCAGCUCCAGAUGGACAAGCUCCCAUCACGCCAUGCCAUUUCUGAGGUCAUGACCUGGAUCUCUCUCAUGGAGCACGUCAUCCGCCAGGAUGAGGAGGACAUAAACAAUUGCGUCGGUUACCAGGCAAUUCACGAAUACCUUCAGAAAUAUAAGGGUUUCAAGAUAGACAUUAACUGCAAACAGCUGACAGUUGACUUCGUGAACCAGUCUGUGCUGCAGAUCAGCACUCAGGACGUGGAAAGUAAACGCAGCGAUAAGACUGAUUUCGCUGAGCAACUUGGGGCAAUGAAUAAGAGCUGGCAGAUCCUGCAGGGUCUAGUAGCUGAGAAGAUUCAGUUGCUGGAAGGCUUGUUGGAAUCUUGGUCAGAAUAUGAAAAUAGCGUACAGUGUAUGAGGACUUGGUUUGAAACCCAGGAAAAGAGACUCAAGCAGCAGCAGCGGAUUGGAGACCAGGCUUCAGUUCAGAACGCCAUGAAAGACUGUCAGGAACUAGAAGAGUUGAUUAAAGCCAAAGAAAAAGAGGUAAAGAAAAUUGAACAAAGUGGACUCGCCUUGAUUCAGAACAAGAAAGAAGAAGUCUCUGGCGCCGUCGCGAGCACGCUGCAGGAGCUCAGCGGGACCUGGGCCAGUCUGGACCACAUGGUCGGGCAGCUGAAGACGCUGCUGAAGUCCGUGCACGCCCAGUGGAGUCGGCACAAGGCGGCCUUCGACGAGAUCCACGGUCACCUCAUGGAGGCCCGGUACUCCCUGUCCCGGUUCCGCCUGCUCAUCGGCUCACUGGACGCUGUGCGCGUCCAGGUGGACAACCUUCAGAAUCUUCAAGAUGAUCUAGAAAAACAGGAAAAUAGCCUACAGAAAUUUGGCUCUGUCACCAACCAACUAUUAAAAGAGUGUCACCCGCCUGUGACAGAAACACUUACCAACACACUAAAGGAAGUCACUAUGAGAUGGAAUAACUUGCUGGAAGAGAUAGCUGAGCAGCUGCACUCCAGCAGGGCCCUCCUACAGCUCUGGCAGAGGUACAAGGACUACUCCAGACAGUGUGCUUCCACGGUCCAGCAGCAGGAGGAGCGGACCAACGAGCUCCUGAAGGCAGCCACUAAUAAGGACAUCGCCGACGACGAAGUUGCUACGUGGAUUCAAGACUGCAACGACCUCCUCAAAGGACUGGGGACGGUGAAGGACUCCCUGUUUGUUCUCCAUGAGCUGGGAGAGCAACUCAAGCAACAAGUGGAUGCUUCAGCGGCAUCCGCCAUUCAGUCAGACCAACUCUCUUUGAGCCAGCACUUGGGCACCCUCGAGCAGGCUCUUUGCAAACAGCAGACUGUGUUACAGGCUGGGAUUCUUGACUACGAAACCUUCACCAAGAGCUUAGAAGCUUUGGAAGCCUGGGUGGUCGAAGCUGCAGAAAUGCUGCAAGGGCAGGACCCCAGCCACUCCUCGGACCUCUCGACCAUCCAGGAGAGGAUGGAGGAGCUCAAGGGACAGAUGUUAAAAUUCAGCAGCAUGGCCCCGGAUCUGGACCAUCUGAACGAGCUUGGCUAUAGGCUGCCCCUGAACGAUAAAGAAAUCAAACGGAUGCAGAGUCUGAACCGGCACUGGUCCCUGACCUCCUCUCAGACGACGGAGAGAUUCAGUAAGUUGCAGUCAUUUUUGCUCCAACAUCAGACUUUCUUGGAAAAAUGUGAAACAUGGAUGGAAUUCCUGGUUCAAACGGAGCACAAGUUGGCAGUAGAGAUUUCAGGCAACUAUCAGCAUCUUCUGGAGCAGCAGCGAGCCCACGAGUUGUUUCAAGCGGAGAUGUUCAGCCGUCAACAGAUUUUGCACUCGAUCAUUACUGAUGGGCAGCGUCUUCUGGAACAAGGUCAAGUUGAUGACAGGGAUGAAUUCAACCUGAAGUUGACACUUCUCAGUAAUCAGUGGCAGGGAGUGAUUCGCAGGGCCCAGCAAAGGAGAGGCAUCAUCGACAGCCAGAUCCGCCAGUGGCAGCGCUAUAGGGAGAUGGCAGAAAAGCUGCGUAAAUGGUUGGUCGAAGUGUCCUAUCUGCCCAUGAGUGGUCUCGGGAGUGUCCCAAUACCACUGCAGCAAGCGAGGACCCUCUUCGAUGAAGUGCAGUUCAAAGAAAGAGUGUUCCUGCGACAACAAGGCAGCUACAUCCUGACCGUGGAGGCGGGCAAGCAGCUCCUGCUGUCUGCAGACAGCGGGGCGGAGGCCGCCUUGCAGGCAGAACUCACGGAAAUCCAAGAGAAGUGGAAAUCCGCCAGCGUGCGCCUGGAGGAACAGAAGAAGAAGCUGGCCUUCUUGUUGAAAGACUGGGAAAAAUGUGAGAAUGGAAUAGCUGAAUCACUGGAGAAACUCCGAACUUUCAAAAAGAAGCUUUCCCAGCCUCUACCGGAUCACCACGAAGAGCUCCAAGCGGAGCAAGUGCGCUGCAAGGAACUGGAAAAUGCAGUGGGGAGCUGGACAGAUGACCUGGCACAGCUGACCUUACUGAAGGACACCCUCUGUGCCUACAUCAGUGCCGACGACAUCUCCAUCCUGAACGAACGCGUGGAGCUUCUGCAAAGGCAGUGGGAAGAACUCUGUCACCAGCUCUCCCUAAGGCGGCAGCAAGUCGGUGAGAGACUGAACGAAUGGGCGGUCUUCAGUGAAAAGAACAAGGAGCUUUGCGAAUGGCUGACUCAGAUGGAAAGCAAAGUUUCCCAGAACGGAGACGUCCUCAUUGAAGACAUGAUAGAGAAGCUCAGGAAGGAUUAUCAAGAGGAAAUUGCUGUUGCCCAAGAGAACAAAAUACAGCUCCAACAAAUGGGAGAGCGCCUUGCUCGAGUCAGCCAUGAGAGCAAGGCCUCCGAGAUUGAAUACAAGCUCGGCAAGGUGAAUGACCGGUGGCAGCACCUCCUGGACCUCAUGGCAGCCAGGAUAAAGAAGCUGAAGGAGACUCUGGUCGCCAUUCAGCAGCUGGACAAGAACAUGAGCAGCCUGAGGACGUGGCUGGCUCACAUCGAGUCGGAGCUGGCCAAGCCCAUCGUCUAUGAUUCCUGUGACUCGGAAGAAAUACAGAGAAAGCUAAAUGAGCAGCAGGAGCUGCAGAGAGACAUAGAGAAACACAGCACGGGCGUGGCCUCCGUGCUCAACCUGUGUGAGGUGCUGCUGCAUGACUGCGACGCGUGCGCCACGGACGCCGAGUGUGACUCCAUCCAGCAGGCGACACGGAACCUGGACCGGCGGUGGAGAAACAUCUGUGCUAUGUCCAUGGAGAGGAGACUCAAAAUUGAAGAGACAUGGCAACUGUGGCAGAAGUUUCUGGAUGACUAUUCGCGUUUUGAAGAUUGGCUCAAGAUUUCCGAAAAGAUAGCUGCCUUCCCCAGCUCUUCUGUGGUGCUCUAUACAGUUGCCAAGGAAGAACUGAAGAAAUUCGAGGCGUUCCAGCGACAGGUGCACGAGACCCUGACCCAGCUGGAACUGAUCAACAAGCAGUACCGGCGGCUGGCCCGUGAGAACCGCACUGACUCCGGCUGUCGCCUAAAGCAGAUGGUCCACGAAGGCAACCAGCGAUGGGACAACCUGCAGAAGCGCGUCGCCUCCAUCCUGCGCAGACUCAAGCAUUUCAUUGGCCAGCGCGAGGAGUUUGAGACAGCACGGGACAGCAUUCUGGUGUGGCUGACAGAGAUGGAUUUACAGCUCACUAACAUUGAGCAUUUUUCUGAGUGUGACGUUCAAGCUAAAAUAAAGCAACUCAAGGCCUUCCAGCAGGAAAUCUCGCUGAACCACAGCAAGAUCGAGCAGAUCAUCGCCCAGGGAGAACAGCUGAUUGAAAAGAGUGAGCCCUUGGAUGCGGCGCUCAUCGAGGAGGAGCUGGACGAGCUCCGGCGCUACUGUCAGGAGGUCUUCGGGCGCGUGGAGAGAUACCACAAGAAACUGAUUCGCCUGCCUCUGCCAGAUGACGAGCACGACCUCUCCGACCGGGAGCUGCAGCUGGAUGACUCCGCAGCUCUGUCGGACCUCCACUGGCACGACACCUCUGCGGACAGCGCGCUGUCCCCGCAGCCCUCCUCCAACCACUCCCUCUCACUCGCCCAGCCCCUCCGGAGCGAGCGGUCAGGACGAGACACCCCUGCCAGCGUGGACUCCAUCCCCCUGGAGUGGGACCAUGACUACGACCUCAGUCGUGACCUGGAGUCUGCCGUGUCCAGAACUCUGACCUCUGAGGACGAAGAGGGCCAAGAAGACAAAGAUUUCUACCACAGGGGAGCCGUUGGCUUAUCAGGGGAUCCCAGUGCCUUAGAAUCGCGUCUCCGCCAGCUGGACAAAGCCCUGGACGACAGCCGCCUUCAGAUGCAGCAAACCGAGGAUGUCAUCCGCAGCAAAACUCCCACAGGACCGGAGCUGGACACCAGCUACCGAGGCUACAUGAAGCUGCUGGCCGAGUGCAGCGGCAGCAUAGACUCGGUGAGGAGGCUGGAGCACAAGCUGAAGGAGGAAGAGGAGAACUUUCCCGGCUUCGUGAACCUGAACAGCACUGAAACCCAGACAGCAGGUGUGAUUGACCGGUGGGAGCUCAUCCAGGCGCAGGCCCUGAGCAAGGAGCGGAGGAUGAAGCAGAACCUCCAGAAGUGGCAGCAGUUCGGCUCCGACCUGAACAACAUCUGCACCUGGCUGCGGGCGACGGAGGAGGAGCUGGAGCAGCUACGGCGCCUGGAGCUCAGCACCGACAUCCAGUCCAUCGAGCUCCAAAUCAGAAAGCUCAAGGAGCUCCAGAAAGCUGUGGACCACCGCAAAGCCAUCAUCCUCUCCAUCAACCUGUGCAGCUCCGAGUUCACCCGGACUGGCAGCGAGGAGAGCCGGGCCCUGCAGGAUCGCCUGUCCCAGAUGAACGCGCGCUGGGACCGGGUGUGCUCCCUGCUGGACGAGUGGCGGGGUCUGCUCCAGGACGCCCUGAUGCAAUGUCAGGAUUUUCAUGAAAUGAGUCAUGGUUUGCUUCUCAUGCUGGAGAACAUCGACAGAAGGAAGAAUGAAAUCGUUCCCAUCAAUUCUCACCUCGAUGCAGAGACCCUUCAGGACCAUCACAAACAGCUUAUGCAAAUAAGGCAGGAGCUACUGGAAUCCCAACUCAAAGUGGCCUCGCUGCAAGACAUGUCGUGCCAACUGUUGGUGAACACUGAAGGCACGGACUGUUUAGAAGCCAAAGAAAAAGUCCACGUGAUUGGAAAUCGGCUCAAACUUCUGUUGAAGGAAGUCAGCCGUCACCUCAAGGAGCUGGAGAAGUUGCUAGACAUGUCAAGCAGUCAGCAGGACUUGUCCUCCUGGUCGUCUGCUGAUGAGCUGGACACCUCGGAAUCUGUGAGUCCUACGUCAGGAAGAAGCACCCCAAACAGACAGAGCACGCCACGAGGCAAAUGUAGUCCCUCUCAGCCUGGACCCUCUGUCAGCAGUCCACAUAGCAGGUCCAUAAAAGGUGGCUCCGAUUCCUCCCUUUCUGAGCCUCGGCCAGCGCGGUCCGGCCGCCCUUUCCUGUUCCGAGUGCUCCGCGCGGCCCUCCCGCUCCAGCUCCUCCUGCUGCUGCUCAUCGGGCUCGCCUGCCUGGUCCCCAUGUCAGAGGAAGACUACAGCUGCGCCCUGUCCAACAACUUCGCCCGGUCGUUCCACCCCAUGCUCAGAUACACAAACGGCCCUCCGCCCCUCUGAGCCAAGCAGGUGCAAUCUGCAGUGGUGCUGGUAGUGUAAGGAGGAUUUGGCCCAAAGCCACCCCAAAAUAGUGAAAAGAGGACCUGAAUCUUGGCGAAUGCCCUUGGUGUGGCAGCUUGAACCCGUGUGUGCAAAUCAUGACCUCGGAGGUGGAUGAUAAACAGUGGCAGGAGGAGAGCAAACAGAAGAUAGAGGUUUGGAAGAAAUAUCAUUGAAAACUCUGAGCCUCCGUGCUAAAGAGAUGAAGGACCUCCAGCGGUCUCUGGACACGUAUAUUCUGGGCCUUCGGCCCUUUCUCUGCAUACCCAAGGACUUCAGCACGCCGUCGGGGCAGCUUUCCCAUGGUGGGCCCCGUCCAUUCAGUAGGUGACGCCACCUGAGCGCCACGUUAGCGUCCAGCACUCUACCAGCCCAGCAGCGCUGAAGAGAUUUUAGAACCUUGUAACAUACAGUUUUUACAAGCUUAUAUGGCAGCUUCCUUUUACCUCGUUUUCCUUUGGGGCAUGAUGUUCUAUCCUUUGCUUGAGAAGCACAGCUGUAAAUCCAAAAGGCACUUUUUUAAAAAGUAUAAAGAAGAACUGGAUGUAAUAAAUAAGACCAUGGAAGGCUUUAUGUGGAAAAAAAAGAGAUAUUUAUGUAUGUACAGUUUGCUAAAGCUAAGUUUUGUUUGUAUUGGUUUCUUUGCAUUUAUUAUAGAUACUAUAAAAUA